GCGCUCAUCAAUCGCGGAGUUAACCUGGAUCCACUUGAACCCUGGAGCAAGGUCGGAUUGGUUGUUUAUUCGACUCAAGUACCUCUUGGUGCUACUCCUGAGUAUCUUGCAGGUCAUUAUAUACUUCAAGGUGCAAGCUCCAUGCUCCCUGUAAUGGCCUUGGCCCCUCAGCCUGGUGAACGGGUUUUAGAUCUCUGUGCUGCCCCCGGUGGUAAGACUACAUAUAUCGGUUUCCGAGACUGCCAGUCCUCCAUCAUUUAA